AUGUAUUUAAAAUUAUGUUUGCCACGGUCAAAUUUUAUCACUGUAAAAAAUUCUUUAACAAAUGUUAAGCCCUUUUGCUUCUCAGAAUGUAUUAAAGUGUCAUGUCCACAUGUAAGAGAAUAUGCUUCCAAAUCCAAGAAAAGGAAAAAGGAAAAGAUCAUGACUGCAAUAGCCAUUCCCUUGGUUGAUGCAGUUAAUGUACUCAAGGCGCAUGAAAUAACUUAUCCGAAUAGGACUUUAGAAUUACACGUAAAAACUAAAUUAGAAAAGGGAAAGGCGCCAAUAAGAGGCUCUAUAUCUUUGCCAAAAUCAAUAGCUAAAAAAGUUUCAUGGAUGGUUUUCGCAAAGGGUGCGAAAGCGGAAGAAGCCAAGGCUGCUGGAGCACAUGUAGUUGGUGGCGAAGAAUUAAUCGCGGAGAUUACGGAAGGAACUUUCAAUAUUGGAAAUAUUGAUAAAUGUUUAUCAACGCCAGAAUUAUAUACAUCGGUAACAAAAAUUGCAAGAAUUUUAGGACCAAAGAUGUUAAUGCCUAUGGCAAAAAGAGGUACAGUUACCGAUGAUAUUGCCGGUACUAUACAAAGGAUGGACGAUAAACAUAGUUUUAAUAGUGAUAAACUUGGUUGGGUUCAUACUGGAAUUGGAAAGGUUUCUUGGUCGACUAAAGAAAUACAAGAUAAUAUUCAAGUUAUCUUGAGGGAGAUAGAUAAAAUUGGUAAAGAUCAAGGUAUUAAGAGUAGUAAAAAAGCUGGAUUUAUUGAAAAGAUUGCAAUAAAUCCAAAUAUGGGACAAUCUAUACAUUUACUUGAUUUUAAAGAUCUUUUGGAGACUCCUUCAUUUAUAAGGUGA